CGGCCGGGGCUGGGCCGGGGCCGGGGCCGGGGCCGGGGCCGGGGCCGGGGCCGCCGUGCGGAGCCGCCCAGCGCCGGGCGAGGAGGGGCCGGCCGGGCCCCCCCUGCAGGAUGCAGUGGCGAUGAUGUGACCUACAUUCGUGGCGAGGAGGUCCCCAGCCUGCUGCCGCCGCUGGGCCAUGAAGCGGCACAAGUGACGGGGACGCCGUGCCCGCGGGCCAUGGCCAGCCCGGCACCAUGGCUGCGCUGGACACAAACAGAGCUGACGCGCUGGGAGGGAGAGGAGGAGGAGGAGGAGGAGGAGGAGGAGGAAGACGACUUUGAAAGGCGGAUGGACAAGGAUGGGGUCAUCGGCCUGGGGGAGGAUGCCGGGAGCCCACCGUGGGGCGACGGCGAGGACCUGGAGGAGAGGUCCCCGGCGGAGGAGGGUCGCUGGCACCCGCGGCGGGACCUGGCGGAGGAGGAUGAAGAGCGGGGCAGCUCCAGGGGGGACGAGGAGCCCUGGGGGGCAGAGAGUGACGGGGAGCCCUACCCCGAGCUCUCCUAUGAGGGCCGGUGGGGCUCAGGAUCCAGCGGCAGCCCCGCGGCGUCGCGGGAUGGCCGGGCUCUCUGCCAGCCCCGCGGCUGCAGCACGGACGGUGGUGACACCUCAGGGCUAUCGGACGCCAGCCCUGACCCCACCACCCCAUCCCGCCGGCACCGGGGCUGGGGCAUGGCCGGGGACGCCGGCGGGGGGCACGGGCAGGGCUGGACCCCGAGCCGGAGCUGCCUGCUGCCCCUCUGCACCGAUGACCUCUGCGAUCCACCAGCAUCGAGCCCAUCCCCGAGCCCCAGCCAGCUAGGACGGGGCUGCCGGCCCCUGGCACCGCUGGCUUGGCACCCACCGGGGAGCCCUGGGGCACUGGCACCCCCCCCCGCACCCCAGCUGCACGACAGGUCCCAGGUGCCCAAGAAAGCAACACCCACGGUGCUGCCCCCCAAACCCGGCCGGCCGUCGCGGUCCCUGAGCCCCCGUCGGCGGCACGCGGGCGGCAAGGAGGCGAGGGAUCCCUCGGGAGCGGGCACCGGCACGGCCGAGGGCACCCAGUACGGCCGAGGGCGGCUCAACCACCCCCUGCCCGACCUCUCCAAGGUGGAGGCACGGGUGAAGUUCGACCAGAGCUACCGGCCGCCGCGGGGCCGAGCCCUGCCCGCCCACCCCAGGGCCCCGGGCGGCCCCAUCGGCUUCAAGUCCCCGGCCGAAAUCGUCCGGGAGGUGCUGCUGAGCAGCGGGGAGGGGGUCCCCCCGCAGCCCCCCACCACCGCCGGGUUGCCGCAGGAGUUCAGGUCCCCCAGGCAAGCCACCGAGCUGGUGCAACAGCUCCAGGACGACUACCACAAGCUGCUGACGAAGUACGCCGAGGCCGAGAACACCAUCGACCAGCUGCGCCUGGGUGCCAGGGUGAGCCUGUACGCCGACCCGCCACGGCCCAGCCGCAGCCUCACCGUGGGCACCGUGGGCACCGGCUGCCGGGUGAUGGCCCUCAGCAUCCCGCAGGCCAGGACGGCGGCUUUCAGCACGACCCCGGCCCCGGCCCCGCCGGCCUCGCUGGGUGGAGCUCCAGCUCCGGGACCAUCAGACAGGGAGGGAUCACCCCAACCUCCUUCCCCCCCUCCACCCGGGGGGGGCUGCCCCACCUGCCCGGGGCCGUGCCGCUGCCCGGGCACCCAGCUGACGCGGACGCUGGCGGGCCAGACCCACAAGCUGCAGGCCCAGGUGGAAUCCUUCGAAGGCUGGAUCCGGGCUGGGAGCCCCGCGCCCCGGGAGCAGCUCCAGAGGUUUAGAAAGCUGAGGGAUGCGCAGGAUGCGCUGGAGCGGGCGUACCUGCGAGCCCGGCAGCAGCACCCGGGGGCCUCGGGGGAGUUUGAUGCCGACCGCGAGGUGGAAGGGGAGAUUUUCCGCCUGGGGCUGCACUUGGAGGAGCUGAAGGAGCGGCUGGAGCCUGGGGCCAGGCGGCAGCUCCCCCCGCAAUGCCCGAACCAGCCCCGCUCCCCUCCAGCCCCUUCCCCAGCGCCGGCCGCCUGCUCCCCGCGCCCCAAGAGCCCUGCACUGAUGGAGGGUCCCCGGGGGACAGCAGGGGACGGCGAGGUGGUGACGGGGGGGUUGCCCCGGCCCCUCUGGCACAAGCAGCUCCGAGUGGAGGAGGAUUUCGGUGACCUGCUGGAGCAGUACAAGCACUUCAAGUCCUUGCCGGAGUCGCUGAGCCUGGAGCAGCUGAGUCUGGCAGAGACUGGGUCCCAAGAGGAGGCAGAUGGACCUGCAGCAGGGGACGGUGGCCCCAGCAAGGUCUCCUGCAGGACACGGUCACUAGACGAGGAGGUCGACCUCGAGACCUCCCCCUUGCACCCCACGGAGAGGAGAGCUGCACCGCUGCCCCCCAGGGAGCCUCCAUGGCCAGGGAGGACACGGGGCCACCUGUCCCCUGCCACCGCUGAGGAGCCACCGGCCACAGCCAAGCCCCCCCUGGGGCUCCCCGAGCCACCACGGGUGCUCCUGUCCCGCCGCAGCAGCAGGGCGGGCAGCGCUGUCGCCCAGCACCAGCCCCGCAAGGAGCACCGCAUUGUGUCACCGGAGACGGACAGCGGCUUUGUGGGCUCGGAGGCCAGCAGGGUGUCACCCCCCGUGCACACCCUUGAGCACCAGCCUCCCGGCACCGGGACCCCUGGCUUGCUGGGACCCUCCAUCCCCAUCCCUGCAACCCUCUGUCCUCCACGGAAGAGAGAGGCGAUCCCGCUUCCCUCCGAGACGGCGCUGAUGGGCAUCUACCCCGUGGGCGGGCAGGGUGGCACGGGGGGGCCCCACCUGCCCCCCAGCACCCCCUCGCAGGGCAGCUCCCCCCCGCUCUGGGCCGAGAGCGCGGGCAGCGAGGCAGGACCCGACGGUGACGGCACUCACACGGACUCGGAGGCAGAAGGCAGGAGUUGCGCCAGCGCCAGCGGCCACCCCUCCAGCAUGGCCAGGGGCCCGGCCAGCCCCCCGCCAUCCCCCGAAACACCGUCCCCCACCCCGCUGUCCCCUGACCUGCCAUCCCUCGACCCGGCACGCUGCGACCUGCUGGGCUCCCGUCUGGAGCGUGACCAGGCCAUCCGGGCGCUGCGGGACGAGGUGUGGCGCCUGCAGCGGAGGCUGGAGGAGAGCCUGCGCCGCUCCCGCAACUAUCCCGAGGGAAAAGCCGCCCCGGCCAGGAGGCAGCUGGUGGCCAGCGGACCAUCGUCCCCCAAGGACGCAGCACCCUCGGGGGAGCCAAGCCCCCCGCUGCGGGGCAGGGUGGCCCCUGGGGUCGCACUGACGAAGAGACGGAGGUCGGCAUCGCUGCCGCGGGACGGGCCAGAGCUGGACCUCACCUCCGAGUCGGACCCCUCACCCGCUGGGCCCCGGGCCACCCCCUCCCCACAGAAGAGCCCUGGGAGCACCCCGGGUGUCGUGACAUUUCGGGGACAGUACACAGGUGCGUGCCAGCAGCGGUCGGUGCCAGGGGCUGAGGACGGCUGCCCCCGCGUUGGGGUUCCCGGCCGCGCUCACGCUGGGUUUUGGCAGGGACGCGGGUACCAGGCAGGGAUGCCACGGGCCACCGCAGCACCCCGAGAAGAGCCGGGCACCCCGGGGUGCCCCCGGUGCCACGGGAGCAGGACAUCAUCAGCUGGAUUCGGGGCGGGUGAUGCCGCGAUACAGCCCCAGCACAGCACUCCGAGGAGAACACGCUGCCCGGCUUGCCGAGCACCCAUGGGUCCCCCCACGCCCGGCAGCAGGGACGGAGCCACGCACGCAGAGCAUGGCCCCAGUGGCACGUCCCCCCCAGGCUCCCGCGUUGGUCCCCGAGCCGAGAAACCGGAGCAGCCUGGACUUUGGUACUUGGCCAGCCCUGGUGCCACCGCUGCCAUCGGCUGCCUUGCACCCGUCCCCCUUGUGCCUUACGUUCCCUCCAUGCUCUACUGCUCCCCAGCGGUACCUACCUCAGCCCCAGCCAUGGCCGGGGUCCCCCUCCAACACGCUGCGGGGCACCGGCGGGCAGAGCAUCCCCCCAGGCCACGUGCUGCCGGCCACCACCGCUGCCUGACCCUGGACCUGGAUGAGUUGGAGGAGCUGAACCGGUCACUGAGCCGGGCCGUGGAGGCUGCCCAGAGUGUGAGGCUCACCACCACCCGCAUGAGCCGGGCGCUAGCCACUGAGCUGAGCCGAGCACGGGACCUGCGGGGCUCCUGCCUCUUCUGAGGGUCCUGCCGGCCCCUGCCAAACCCUCCCUGCCCUCGCAGGGGGCAGCAGGAGGAGGAAGAUGGUACCCCCAUCAGCAUCCCUUGACUGGAUGCUCCCUGCCAGAUCUGGGGGCACCGGGGCUGGAGGCAUCUCCAUGGCGUCCUGCACCGGCUCCCAUCCCGCUUGCCCUAGACCUCCUGCAUCGCUUGUCCAUCUGUCUGUCCAUUUUCAGGACCACCCAAGGUGCAGGAGCGGGGCAAGACGUGGGCAGAAGUCUCCCUAGACCUGCAUCAUCCCGUGGCACCCCGGGCUGCGAGCCCAGCCCCGGCAGGAGGGCACCGUCCCCUGGGACCAACGGGGUGGCCCUGUGUCCCCCAAGGCAGACGCCACCCGGAGCCGAGCACUUCUGGGGACGCUCUGACUUUGUGUAGGUCCUACUGCAACACAGGUCGAGCCCCCGUUGGCAGCUGUGUUUACCUCCCUGCCUGUGAGGGCAGAAGUACCCGCAAUUCCCUACUCAACCCCUUUCCCAGCCUUUAGGCAUCGUCUGGGAGCUCCGUGCCCCCCUCCGCCCUCUGCUCUGCCCUUGGACUUCAACCGAGCCAGGUCCUCCCUGGAAAAGCUCUUCUUUUUGUCAUUUUAUGUGAAUUUUUUUUCUCCGAGGUAGCUAGUAAGCAGCUAAAUCACUCUUUUAGGGAUGAUUGAUAUACAAUGUGUGUGUGUAUGUAUAUAUAUGUAUCUAUAUAGAGGUACAUAUAUAUGUUCUGGUUUUAAUUUCCAGUAUAAUCCUUAGGGCAUUCGUGAGGUUUUUUUGGCCGUCCCUGGGUGUGGCCACCCACAGUGUUAUCUGGGCAGAAAAAAAGAAGUAUUUGGGGUUUUCCUUGGGAUUCCCAGGGGAUCUGGGCUGGUAGAGGAAAAAUUGCCCCGUGAGACCGAGACAGGGGCAGGAUCUGGCCCUGAGGGGGUCUGCGGAGCCCCCGUCCCUCCAGGCUGGUUUUGUAAUCUGUUAAUGCCUAUUUUUUAGCGAAAUGGAUGUGGUCGGAGCAGCCCUCAGAGAGGGCACAGUGCCUUGGAGGUGGGUGCUCCGCACCCUACAAACCCUGGGGGGGACCCUCCAGCUGCACCCACCAGCACCCAUGCAGAACCUGCACCCUGUGCCCCCGGGAUGGGUCCAGCCAACCCCCCCCCCCUCCAUCCCUGAGCAUCUCAGCCUGCAGUGCCCCCGGCUGUGUUUAUGUGUAGGACCUACCUGAAGUGCCCGUGUCAAAUUUAUUUAUUUUUGAAUUUUUUUUGCUGUACAAAGACCCAUGUUUUUUGGGGGCGAAAUCACUAAUGCCCCCUGUGAGUUACUCAGGUCUAGAGCCUCCCCAAGCGCUUGCAAAACCACUGAGCCCGGAUCCUGCAACCAGCCGGGGGGGGCCAGGGAGGGGCUGCCCCUGAUGCUGCCCUUUGGGGGGAGAGGGGUGGGUUGGGGGCAUGCAGGGGGGAUUUUAAAGAGGAUUUCUGUGUCUCUGGUUGCAUCUGCUUGUACCUGUGUCCCAAGCGAGCCAACGGGCUAGGUCGCAGCCGCACUGGAAGCUGUGACCCCCCCAGCCCAGCUGGGGUGUGCGGGGAGCGUGCAGGGAGCACGCAGCUGUAUUUAACUAUCCCAAAUGCAAUAGCCAGGAGCAAAGAUGAAGUUUUUUUCCGUAUCUCCUAUUUUGUAAUGACCAGCAGAGCCAUUUGGAUGGUAUUUUGUACUAAGAUAAUCACCUAUUUUUGAACGAAAUAAAUGCGGUUGGUCGG